CUCGGUCGCCGCGUGAGGCGGGCGGAGCGGGGGGCUGAGCGGCGAGUCCGCGGUUCGGUCGAUAACGUAUUCCAGGAAGAAAUAUUUAUUUAUCGUGUAGCCCGUCAUUACUGCUUCUCUCUUUGCAAUCUUUUUAAAAUUUCUUCCAGAGGACAUCUUCCGUGUAGAAAUUGUGGAAAUCGGAGCAAAGUAUGAACAAUGAGGUGACAGUCGAUGAUGACAUAAGCCACCGGGUGAUGUCGGAAGUCCGAAGUCCGGGACCUGCGAAGCCGCGCUCACGGGAGGUUGGAUCAUUAAAUGCAUGCUUCUUUGCAAAGAGGAAUUUCCAAGUUGACGUGUAUGAAGCUAGGGAAGAUAUCCGAGUGGCUAAAUUUGCACGGGGAAGAAGCAUUAACUUGGCCCUUUCUUAUAGAGGACGGCAAGCCUUGAACGCCAUUGGCCUGGAAGAUCAGAUUGUAUCCCAAGGCAUUCCCAUGAGAGGAAGAAUGAUUCACUCUGUUUCGGGGAAAAUGUCUCCACUUCUGUAUGGGACCAAGUCACAGUACAUUCUUUCUGUAAGCAGAGCAGAUCUAAACAAGGAACUUUUGACGGCCGUUGAGAAAUACCCCAACGCGAAGGUGCACUUUGGCCACAGGCUGUUGAAGUGUAAUCCUGAGGAGGGCGCGAUCACGGUGCUCGGAUCUGACGAAGUUCCCAUAGAUGUCACUUAUGACCUCAUUGUAGGAUGUGAUGGAGCCUAUUCCACUGUCCGAAGCCACCUCAUGAAGAAACCCCGCUUUGAUUACAGUCAGCUGUACAUUCCUCACGGGUACAUGGAGCUCACGAUCCCACCCAGGAAUGGGGAUUACGCCAUGGAACCUAAUUACCUGCAUAUUUGGCCUCGAAAUACCUUCAUGAUGAUUGCGCUUCCUAACAUGAAUAAAUCUUUCACGUGUACUUUGUUCAUGCCCUUUGAAGAGUUUGAAAAACUUGUAACCAACAGUGAUGUGAUGGACUUCUUCCAGAAGUACUUUGCGGAUUCCAUCCCUCUAAUCGGAGAGCAAGCCCUGCUACGAGACUUCUUCCUGCUGCCGGCGCAGCCCAUGAUUUCCGUGAAGUGCUCUUCUUUUCACCUGAAGUCACACUGUGUGCUGAUGGGGGACGCAGCUCACGCCAUUGUGCCCUUUUUUGGGCAAGGAAUGAAUGCGGGCUUUGAAGACUGCUUGGUAUUUGAUGAGUUAAUGGACAAAUUCAAUAAUGACUUUAGUGUGUGUCUUCCUGAAUAUUCAAGAUUGAGAAUUCCAGAUGACCACGCCAUCUCAGACCUGUCCAUGUACAAUUACAUAGAGAUGCGAGCUCACGUCAACUCCAGGUGGUUCAUCUUCUACAGGAAGGUGGAGAGACUUCUUCAGGUUCUUAUGCCAUCUACCUUCAUUCCUCUCUAUACCAUGGUCACCUUUUCCAGAAUAAGAUACCAUGAGGCAAAGCUGCGUUGGCAUUGGCAGAAAAAGGUGAUAAACAAAGGACUCUUUUUCUUUGGAACAUUGAUAGCCAUGGGUAGUACCUACCUAUUUCUGUGCUCCAUGUCCCUGAGACCCCUGCACUACUUCAGAAGACCAUGGGAGUGGCUCACUUCCUUCCAGAACAGGACAUGUUUCCUUGCAAACUCCAUGGAGUCACUAGAAAAAAAUUCCCAAUGUCAUUAGCCGGUGACGUAAAUAUGCUGACGCGGCAACUGGACUUCCUCAUAACUGAAACUAAGGAUCAAAGCCAUGUUUCCAUCAUCAUAUUUAAUUCACUGGGGACAGAUAUAUGCCUGCUUACAAUUAAAAUCAGUAUAAAAUUUC